AACCUCAGAAGAACUUUCCAAAUUCCAUUCCAAACUUUGCAGGAAGUUCCAAAGGGCAUACCCAAGAGUUCUGUGGAUUCCCUGUAGCACACUUUCUCAUUUCCUCCUGUGACGAGGACAUCUUGCUUCAGGUAAUCAUGGGAGGACGGAAGGUGGCAAGAGAUGAAGAAAAUGCCUAUGGUUUCCAGGAGUUCAGGUCCGCCCUGCAGGAGCGCAGGCUGCGCCUCCUCCUGGCCGGGAGGUCGGGGACGGGGAAGAGCGCCACGGGCAACAGCAUCCUCCAGCGGAAGCACUUCCUCUCCAGGCUCGCGGCCACGGCGGUGACCAGGGCCUGCGCCACGGGGAGCUGCCGCUGGGCCUCGUGGGACGUGGAAGUCCUCGACACCCCCGACCUCUUCAGCCCCGAGGUCGCCCAGGCAGACCCGGGCUUCGAGGAGAGAGGCCGCUGCUACCUGCUGUCGGCCCCUGGGCCCCACGCCGUGCUCCUGGUGACCCAGCUCGGCCGCUUCACCGCCCAGGACCUGCGGGCCUGGCGCGGGGUGAAGGCGCUCUUCGGGGCGGGCAUCGCGGCGCGCACCAUCGUGGUCUUCACCCGCAGGGAGGACUUGGCGGGGGGCUCGCUGCAGCAGUACGUGCGCGACACCGACAACCGCGCGCUCCGGGAGCUGGUGGCCGAGUGCGGGGGCCGCUGCUGCGCCUUCGACAACCGAGCGGCCGACGGGGAGCGGGAGGCGCAGGUCGGGGAGCUGAUGAGGCUGGUGGAGGAGCUGGUGAGGGACCAUGGCGGCGUCCCCUACACCAACGACGUGUAUCGCCUGGCGCAGACCCUGGGCGGGCUGAGCAGCGAGGAUAGGCUGCGCAGGGUGGUGGAGCAAUUAGCUGCCCCCGCGCAGACGUGGCCGGACCGCUGGCCUCUGGCCGGGCUGUGGCGGUGGACCAAGGCGGGGCCGGGGACUAGGUAUAAGCUGGGACUGGCCGCCCUGCUGAGCGCCCUGGUCCUGCUGUACCUGCUCUGCAGGCGCCGGCCCGAGGAGGUGACGGUGUGACCUUCAGUCUUGCAGGUCACCUGGCAAGAAAGGACCUGGACACUUGGAUCUGAAGGGGGAUUUCAAAGGAAUCA